UGGCUAUCAUGCAUCACUUACCAACUACGAAUUGUAAUGUCCUUAUAUUUAGUUUUAGGCAGAGGCAUGUGUCUUAGAUCUAAAUUGUGUCAGGUGGAGCAGCAGGGAGCGUCCCAGGGGAGAGUAGCGACAGGUAUUAUGGACCAAGUUACUUACAUACCAGCAGUGGAUGUGCAACAUAGUUCUAGUGGUUUUGAGAUGCCUCGUCCAAGUGCCUUAUUUAGUCAUGAUAGAUCUUGUGGAACCGACGCUAAAGCUGAGGACUGCCUUAUAAACGCUUUAUCUGUAUACUCAGGAAGUGCCUCGUUCUUCCUUAAGGAUUCUUGCCUUUAUAGUACAUACGAAGAACAACCUUGCAAAACAAAAAGAAACAAUUCUAAAAGAUGUUUCCUUGCUCGCGGCUUGGCUAUUGUAACAGCUCGCACCAGCUUCACUACCAGGCAGGUGACUGAACUGGAGAAAGAGUUUUAUCUUAAUAAGUACUUCAGCAGGAACAGAAGAGCCGAGAUAACGGGCGCGUCGCGUCUGUGCGAAUCGCAAGAGAAUGUCUGGUUCCAGAACAGAAGACUGAAGCAGAAGAAGCGUGAGAAGGAGGAGGGCCCUGUCCUGAUACCGCGUUCUACAGAACUGCACCCUUCCUCCACAGGCUCCCAGCCUGCUCACUUUCCCUGCUAUUUUUGCACUUAUAAAAGUGCAUCUACGCAAAAACUCACAUAUGCUAUCAGUGUCAAAUGUUUAAAUGUGUUCAGCUGAUUAUUUGCGCUUAUAAACUAAUUAACACUAAUUAUCUUAUACAUUUUGUAUCUUACAUUUUAUCUUAUACUAAUUUGCCAAUGUUAAAUGAAUAUUCCUAUGCCUUUACAGUAUUAUACUUUCUAAUAUAAACAUUUUAAGGGAUAUAAGUGUAUUAUUAAAUAAUUAUGGAUAAAUGGGAGGGUUGCGUCAGGAAGGGCAUCCGGCGUAAAACCUGUGCCAAGUUGUUGUGCGGACUGGAUAUUCCGCUGUGGCGACCCCUUGCCGGGAGAAGCCGAAAGACCAACAACAAUGCUCAGUUCUUACUAUGACAAUAAAUGAUACAAUACAUUACACUGAAAAAAGGUGUGAAAAAUAGUUUAGAUUAUUAAUAUGCAUUGGAUAUUUGAACUAACACUUUUGUUAUAAUAAAUAUAUGCUGUACUGCAUAACA